AUGUCUAUGACAACAGAAAAAAAUAAUUUAUACGCUUUGGAGAACCAAAAACAGCAACAAGAAGUUUCUCAGCAACAAACUGCGGUUCAGAUAGAAAAUCUUCCUACUGCGCCACCAGCGACAAGCUUAACGCAAGGGACUACUUGUGCACUCGUUCACACUUCCCUUAACGGAACUACUUCCCAACAAGUGUCUCCCGUAAAGCAAAAAAGAAAGCAAGUAAAGAACGCUUGUGUUAACUGUCAAAAAGCGUGCAAGAAAUGUGACGACGGAAGGCCCUGCCAACGAUGUAUUAAGUAUGAACUCACUGCAACGUGCAAGGAUUCGAUUCGAAAAGUGAGAAAGAAAGGUGUGAAAAGAGGUCCUUAUAAACGUCGAACACAAAAAACGCAGGGUGUCAAAAUUUCGAUCUCUUCAACAAGUACUCCUCCUGAUAUCCCUGCCCCCGCCGUCAUUGUACCCGUCUCUAAUACGGAAAGAAAAGCCGAUGAUCAAUUUACCCCUAUACCCAAAAUUUUACCGGUAAAUCUUUCACAAAUUACUGGAACCCAAGUACCUAUCACAUUGACAACAUCCGAUGGUGUUGGGCAAUUUGUAAUCAUUCCCCAAAGUUCGGGAGGCGUUCCGUAUUAUAUUCUUAUGCCAGUACAAAGGCCAAAUCAAACUUCUACUCUUGAUACUAGUACUUGUUCUAGUAUGGAUUCUUCAACUGGGUCGGUUCAAGACAUGACAAUUAAGAUCGAACUUAAAUCUCAACCAGUCAAAUCCGAAAAUGUUCUUUCGAAAGAAGAGUCGCAAAAGUCCAAAUUUACUGCGACGAGUGUAACCAAGGAUGCAAAUUCGGAAAUUUUUCCGAAUAAAGAAAGAGAUGAUAAAGAUAAAUCGAAUUUAUCGGUUCUAUCUCUUGUAUGUAGUGAUUUACUGGAUAAAGAUACGGUUUCUAAUGAACAAGCAAAUAAGGAAAUGUCCGAAAAUCUUCAAGAUGGGGAAUCAUUGAAGGUUGCUAACGCAACUAAACAGAAUAUUAAUACAUCUGUUAGUUGGAGUUCAGUAAACUAUAAUAAGCAAGAAUUCGUUUCUCCAAAGUCCAAAGAUAUUGAUUCGGUUAAAAUUCAACCUGAAAAUUUGAAAGACAAGUCUCCAAAGGCAUCGGGAAAAGCAGCAUGCUGCGGGGGAUCUCAAGCUAUGGAUACUCCCCGAGUUAAUAAUCCUCCAACAUUUGAGACACCUUCCGUUGGAAGCCCUUUGCUAUUUUCAAUUCCUGCUAAUACUUAUCCUGUUAUUCCAGUUGAAUAUAUGACAAGAAAACGAGAAUCUUCAAUUGAUAAUGUGAAACGCAGUAAAUAUCAUCAUGAAGAUUUUCCAUUGCCUCAACAUGGUGCUUCAUUCUCUCAAAAUCAAAUACCAAUGCAACAACCAUAUUAUGGAAUACCACCAUUUUUUACACUACCUCAUUCAUCUAAUAAUACUUAUAUGGCACAAAAUUCAUCAUCACCCUAUUAUCACAAUCAGCAUAUGCCGCAACAAUUUACACCAACUUCUUUAUCGUUUGCUUUUAAUCCUGGGAUGUCUAAUGCCAACGCGCUCCAGUCGCAUAAUCAAGGUUAUGCAAAUGCUUCGGCUUCAACAAUCUCAGAUGUAUCUUCUCAAAUGCAAAAAAAUUACUCAAGCUAUUAA